AUGACUCAGUCACUGAGAGAAAGACUGACCAUUGUUGAGAGUGAUGUGGCUGACACCGAAUGUAUAGUGGCUUUACAUGAUAAUGAUGUUGAAACGAUGAAAAACAUUCCACCUAGCUCUAUAGGCAGUGAUCAACCACCUCCACCACCACCACCACCAUUUGGUAAUAAUCCUCCAGCACUGCCAUCACAUCCCCUCUUCACACUCUCUCUCCACCUCAUAACACUCCUCUCCAAACUAAUGAUGUUAAAAGGGGGAGAAUCAAGAAUUGAUGAUGAUGAUUGA